CAACAAGAAGUGAAAAUCAUUAAUAAGCCCUUCUGUGGUGUUGGUAUAAAGGGGCCACUGGUUCACAGAGAGACAUAAUUUGGUGGAGAAGUGGACAAGCUCCUAUUGCUAUUUAUUAUCUCUAACGCUGAUCAGCAUCAACAUAACAGGAUGGAAUAUUGCAAGGUCGCCUUGCUGUUGGUUUUCCUGUCCUACAUUAAGCAUUGUUGGUCAUCUUCUUGUGUGGUGGACAGCUUCAGUGUCAAGCAGGACUUUGACCCCAAAAAAUAUGCAGGAAAGUGGUAUGCUCAGCAGAAGAAAGAUCCAGAAGGACUCUUCCUGCAAGACAAUAUUUCCGCAGAGUACACCCUGGAAGAUGAUGGGACCAUGACCGCUUUUACCAAGGGUCGAGUCACUCUUUUUGGAUUCUGGGUUGUGUGUGCUGACAUGGCUGCCCAGUACUCAGUGCCUGAUCUGUCCACACCUGGCAAGAUGUUUAUGAACUACCAGGGUCUGGCUAGCUACCUGUCUAGUGGAGGUGACAAUUACUGGGUCAUCGACACUGACUAUGACAACUACGCCAUCACUUAUGCAUGCCGCACACUGAAAGAUGACGGAACCUGUGAUGACGGCUAUGCCCUUGUGUUCUCUCGUAACCCUCGUGGCCUGCCCCCACCCAUCCAGCGCAUUGUGCGCCAGAAACAGGAGGAAAUCUGCAUGGCUGGCCAGUUCAAACCUGUGCUGCAAUCAGAAGCCUGCUGAGCGCUCCGACACCUCCCUUUGGUAUGCUGCCAGGAGAAGACACAUCCAAGGCUUUGAAGAUGCAGACAAUUGCUCAUCAGGGAAACGCAGUUUGCCAUUUCAAGGGAAAAUUGUGUUUGGAACAAUAAAUGUUUUUUAAACAAAAGUAAUGCUUAUGGGAGUUAAAUAGAAGAUUGAUGUAUGCAAAUGCAAAUAAAAUACUUUCUUCCUCUUAGUAA